AUGCCCUUAUUCAGCAGCCAGCAGCAAGCAGCAAGCAGCAGCAAGCAGCAGCCAGCACGCAGCAGCCAGCACGAGCCAGCACCAGCAAACAGCAGCAAGCAGCAGCCAGCAGCAGCAAGCAGCAGCCAGCAGCAGCAAGCAGCAGCCAGCAGCACAAGCAGCAGCAAGCAGCAGCAGCCAGCAGCCAGCAGCAGCAGCCAGCAGCCAGCAGCAGCCAGCAGUGACCGGCAGCAGCCACCAGCAUCAAGCAGCAGCAAGCAGCCAGCAGCAGCCAGCAGCAGCAAGGAACAGCAAGCAGCAGCCAGCAGCCCCAACACCCAGCAAGCAGCCAGCAAGCAGCAAGCAGCCAGCAGCAGCCAGCAGCAGCAGCAGCAAGCACAGCAGCCAGCAGCAAGCAGCAAGCAGCAGCAAGCAGCAGCCAGCACGCAGCAGCCAGCACCAGCCAGCACCAGCAAACAGCAGCAAGCAGCAGCCAGCAGCAGCAAGCAGCAGCCAGCAGCACAGCAGCCAGCAGCAAGCAGCAAGCAGCAGCAAGCAGCAGCCAGCACGCAGCAGCCAGCACCAGCCAGCACCAGCAAACAGCAGCAAGCAGCAGCCAGCAGCAGCAAGCAGCAGCCAGCAGCAGCAAGCAGCACAAGCAGCAGCAAGCAGCAGCAGCCAGCAGCCAGCAGCAGCAGCCAGCAGCCAGCAGCAGCCAGCAGUGACCGGCAGCAGCCACCAGCAUCAAGCAGCAGCAAGCAGCCAGCAGCAGCCAGCAGCAGCAAGGAACAGCAAGCAGCAGCCAGCAGCCCCAACACCCAGCAAGCAGCCAGCAAGCAGCAAGCAGCCAGCAGCAGCCAGCAGCAGCAGCAGCAAGCACAGCAGCCAGCAGCAAGCAGCAAGCAGCAGCAAGCAGCAGCCAGCACGCAGCAGCCAGCACCAGCCAGCACCAGCAAACAGCAGCAAGCAGCAGCCAGCAGCAGCAAGCAGCAGCCAGCAGCAGCAAGCAGCAGCCAGCAGCACAGCCAGCAGCAAGCAGCAGCAAGCAGCAGCCAGCACGCAGCAGCCAGCACCAGGCAGCACCAGCAAACAGCAGCAAGCAGCAGCCAGCAGCAGCAAGCAGCAGCCAGCAGCAGCAAGCAGCAGCCAGCAGCAGCCACAGCCAGCAGCAAGCAGCAGCAAGCAGCAGCCAGCACGCAGCAGCCAGCACCAGGCAGCACCAGCAAACAGCAGCAAGCAGCAGCCAGCAGCAGCAAGCAGCAGCCAGCAGCAGCAAGCAGCAGCCAGCAGCAGCCACAGCAGCCAGCAGCAAGCAGCAGCCAGCACGCAGCAGCCAGCACCAGGCAGCACCAGCAAACAGCAGCAAGCAGCAGCCAGCAGCAGCAAGCAGCAGCCAGCAGCAGCAAGCAGCAGCCAGCAGCAGCCACAGCAGCAAGCAGCAGCAAGCAGCAGCCAGCAGAAAGCAGCAAGCAACAAGCAGCAGCCAGCAGCAGCAAGCAGCAAGCAGCAGCAAGCAGCAGCAAGCAGCACGCAGCCAGCACGCAGCAGCACGCAGCAGCACGCAGCAGCAGUCAGCAGCAGUCAGCAGCAAGCAGCAGCAAGCAGCAGCCAGCAAGCAGCCAGCAGCAAGCAAGCAAGCAGCAAGCAGCUGCUUGCAGCUGCAUACCAGCAGCAGCAAGCAGGUUCCAGCAGCAGCAAGCAGCCAGCAGCCAGCAGCAGCCAGCAGCCAGCAGCAGCUAG